GAAAGUGAUAAUUUGUUUGUCUUCAUGAGAGUUGUAUUUUGUAUUAUUGCGCUUUCUGCCUGUCUGUUGAGUGAAAACACCAUUUUGUUUUCAUCAUCUUCACCAUCAUCAUCUUUUAGUUUACACUUUCGCUAUCAUGUUGUUUAAUUUAAACCAUUGUAACAAUUUUUAUAUCAAUCGUGUUUAUUGUUCCUUCCAUUUAAUUAUUAUAUCAACUAAUCAAUCUGGACCUGUUUCAGUAGUUCUGUUUUGAAAUGAGCCUUUCUUUUGACCUUUUCUUACUCUAAUCAUUCAUUUGAUUUUGUCUCUAAAAUUUUUUCUCUUUUUGUUAUGCUAUUUUCCUUUGCUUCUCUCUUAUUUCUUCCUAUCUUGUAGCUCCUUAACGAGCAAAUUUAACAACCCAUCUUUAUGCUGGUUUUGUCUUCUCGUUUUCUCGUUUUUUCAUUUUUUUGACCUUUCUUUGACUCUCUUCUGUCACUUACCCUCUUACCUUCCUUUUUGGUUAUCCCUUUAAAUCAACAAAGACUACCAGGAAUAGCUGUGAACAAAAUAGAAAUGGCUACCACCGGUAUCACACAUUCUUUGAUUGCUAAUAAUUUUGGUGGACCUGUUAAAGAUGUCCACAACAGUGUAUCUGCUCUAACUGCUCGUGAAUAUGGGUAUACAAGUAAUCUCUCUGUGGCUCAAAAUCAAACAAUUGACUAUCUAAUUAGAGCUCGUUAUCGUAAAGCAACUGGACUAUAUAGCAAGGAUCUUUAUGCUCAUUAUGGAUGUAUUAAUGCUAUUGAAUUUAGCAACAAUGGACAACUUAUGGUCUCAGGUGGUGAUGACCGUCGUGUUUUAUUAUGGAAUGUUGAGAAAGCCUUGUCUGACAAAGACAAGCCUAUUGUUAUGAAAGCUGAGCAUACGUCAAACAUUUUUUGUCUUGGUCUCGAUUCAGAUAAUCGUCAUAUCUUUUCAGGAGGUAACGACGAACAAGUUAUCAUACAUGAUGUUGAAACUAGAGAGCCUCUGAAAGUGAUUCUUCAUCGAGAAGUGGUUUAUUGUCUUUCCGUUGAUCCUCAAAAUGAUAAUUUAUUUGCCACUGCUUGUGAUGAAGGAAGAAUAUUCUUGUUUGAUCUUCGCGUCCCUUACAAUAUGGAUAAUUUACCAGUGCUUAUACACACUCGAUCCGCUUUCCAAUCAGUUAUGCAUAAUCCUGUUGAGCCCAGACUCAUUGUCACUGCUAAUUCAAGGGAAGGAGUGAGUCUCUGGGAUAUUCGUAAACCUCGUGUUGACCUAAUCAAAUACAAUGGAGGCCUAGUUACUUCGCAAAGUGCUAUGUCUGUUCGUUUUAAUUCUAAUGGAUCUAAGAUUGUUGCUCUAAGACGUAGAUUACCUGUUAUCCUUUAUAAUACACUAUCGCCUCAUCCAAUCGCCGAGUUUGAUGACAAAGAUUAUUACAAUUCUUGUACUAUGAAAAGCUGCUGUUUUGCAGGCUCAAAAGAUGAAUAUAUUUUGUCUGGAUCAGAUGAUUUCCGUCUUUAUAUGUGGAAGAUCCCUGAUGAAAUAUUGGAAAAAGACUUCUCUUCUGAUGGAAUCAAAUGGGUUGAUCAAACCCAUCUUAUCCUACGAGGACAUCGCUCAAUAGUUAACCAAGUUCGAUACAACUAUUCCAAUUCAACAAUUGCUUCUUCUGGGGUCGAGAAAGUGAUAAAAGUUUGGUCAAUCUUUGAUAUUUUUGACCCUAAAGAAAGUGAUCCCAAAAACACCUGUAGUCUUGAUGACCGUAAAGUUUACAGUCAUGAAGAAUAUAUUCAGUUGGUACUCGAAAGUGGCCAUCUUGCUGCUCAUGAUUACAGCAACCAAUCAGUCCAAGAAGAUCCUCGUAUGAUAGCUUUCUUCGACUCACUCGUCCAACGAGAUAUCGAAGGGCUAACAACCGAUUCCAAUUCCGAAGAUUCUGACUUUGCCUCAAGGUUCAGCUUGAUUACUAGAAAUCAUGCUCGUAUUGAAUCUCUAUCAGAACUAUCUUCAAGUGACGAGGAAAAGGAACUUUUACAUCUUUGUGAUGACCAAAUCGUUGGUUACAUUAAAUCAUUCAGUGAAAGGAUGGAAUCCUCCGUUAACAGACUUUAUGGAACUGAUUCUAAAUCUUCAGCUGUUGUGCCAAAUAGUAAGAAUGCUGAUAGCAGUAAAAGUGAUUCUAACAAUGCUGUGAAUGAUAAUCAAAAUAGUAAUGACGUUUUGUGUAAGCCAAGUACAUCUUCUGCUAGGCCCUCUUCUUCAAGUCUAGCAACUAGUUCUUCGUCGUUAUCAGCCUCAAGAAGUCAAGCUACUGAUUCAAACAAUGACAAUAUUGAUGUCGAUGCAAACAAAAUAUCCAUACUCAUAAAUGAAAAGAAGAAAGAGCAACUACGCAAAGCAACUCGGUAUGCUCUAAAGUCUACUAAAAUACGGUUACGACGACUCAAGAAACACCUUGCUCGUGACAAAGAGGAGAAAAGCAAAGCUUGUGAUAAAACUAGUGGCUUGAGUAUUGAAGAUAAAGAGCGACGUAAAGAGCAGUUGGAAGGAGUGCUUGAAAUCCUAGAAAGGUUAGCACAAAAGGUUGACAAUGGACUGAAAAAUAACCGUGGACAUUUGCACAAGAUGAUGGUUCGAUUGCGUUAUCUAGCUAAUCGAAAUAAUUUCCUCUGGAGAGGUGGCAGUCCAGAAAGUCCACUUGGUUUUGAUUCAGAUGAUGAUCCUCCAUUGAUUGGAGGUAAUGAUUUACUUAACGAAGUUCGUAUGGCACACAGACUGGCUGACCUUUUGACCGAUGGCAUUGUUGAACAUCUGUCUCUUGAAGAUGAUGAUGAUGAAGAUUCGUUAGUUGAGGAUAGAUCAAUUUCUACUGAUUCAACCUGUGGUUCGGAUGGUGAGAAGUCAGCUAGUAAUUCGACUGAUACUAGCAUAAGCCAGAUUAAGUCUCCUGACACGAAUAGAAGUCAAACUAAGUCUCCAGACUCCAACAGAAGUCAAAUUAAGUCUCCAGACAGUUCAACUUCAAGUUCAUCCGAUGAAGAUCUUAACAAGAGACAACGACGCCGUAAAGCAUCCGAAAGAAGACGCAACCUUAAUAAAAAGUGUGUUUCUAAUAAAUAUGUUGAUAGCAGUAGCUCCAGCAGCAGUAGCAGCAGCAGUGAUAAUGAUUCCGAAGCUGAGGAACCUGAAAAACGUAUUCUUCCCAUGGUUAACUUGCGUUAUGAUGAAGAAAGUGAUGAUGCUGGUUUCGAUGGAGACACCGAGUCAGCCAAGAAAAAGAGUGCCAAUGGAGCGGUUAAAUCAAAGGCACCAAUCUCUAAUAAUAAUAGCCAAGAAACAGCAUCAACAUCUGCAAAUGAUCAAUUGAAAGACCUUUCAAGCAAUCAUGAUGAUGAAAAAAGUGACGAUAUAAAUAAUAAUAAAAAUUUAAAUAGUGAUACAAAGGAAAAGGAUCAUCAAAAUCAUGAGUCAGGACAACCAUCAAAAGUCAAUAACGUUACCAUCAAAACUGUAAAUAAUACUGGAAAGUGUUUCCGCAAACGCAAAAAUCUCGAAUCUAACUCUGAAAAAGUUGUUUAUAAGUCAAUCAAACGCAAACAUGAUUAAUAUCCCUAUUAUCAAUAUUUGUAUAUAUAUACAUAACAAAUGAACUAUGAGUAUAUAUAUAUUAUUACAUAAACAAUGCAUUUGUACAAAAUCAUUUUCUGAUAUUUUAGCAAAUCUUCUAUUUCUCGCUUCAUAAUUAAAAACUAGGAAGCUGUGA